AUGCCCCGCCAACAAAUCAACCUAGAGCCCUAUCGCGACGAAAUAAUAUCUUUAUAUCACCAUGGAGUUAGUAGCGACUCUAUCAGCCGUGCCCUUCAUAGUCGACAUAACAUCCAAGUCAAAGAGCGCACCAUCCAGACCCGACUCCGCAAGUGGGGCAUCCGAAAGCGACACCGCACGACAACAGGAGAUGAAGCUUUACAUGCGCGUAUCAAAAUCCUAUUCUUGCAAGAUAGAUUGACUGAUAAAGCUAUGCUCAAGCUCUUGCAACAAGAAGGUUAUGGUAUCUCUGAGCGCACUUUGCGCAGACUACGAUUUAAAUUAGGGCUCCACGUCAGGGCACCGUCCGAACAGGAGCAGCACCAGGGGCAUAUGCCGAUUUCAAUGCCAAUGACGAUCCCAAUACAGCUUCCAAUGCCAAUGCCAUUGCUUCCUUUGCAAAUCCCGGCUGAUGUUUCACCGGUGUGA